AACGUCCAGGAAGACGCCUACUUUAUUCCUGCACCAAUACUGUUUGCUUGGGUUUCUAUUGAACCUGUUGUUUACCCAGUUCACUUCUUAGUGCUAAGUAUUUUCCACGACACAAUGGCUGUCUCAGCUAGCGAGGGUCCCUCUAACAAUGGUAAUGCCAUCAACGACGUUGAAACAGUCUUAAAUGACCUGUCUAGAGAAGAAAUACAUCAACUGCUGAAAGCAAGAGAAGACAGAUAUGAUGGGGUGGAAGUUGACGUAGAAAAUAUGCUCAACGACGUUCGUCGUUUCCCAUCUUCACUCAAGGCAUCACUUACUCAUUGGCCACGCCAGGGAAAGAAGGGGGUGUGGAUCAAAGUAGCCAAGGAACAGGCCAAACUAGUUCCGGUUGCGAUUGAGGAAGGAUUUUGGUAUCACCAUGCAGAACCAUCAUAUGUGAUGUUAGUGCUUUGGAUCCCUAAAACUCCUUGUACUAUCCCUGAUAAUGCUUCACAUCAAGUGGGAAUUGCAGCUUUUGUAUACAACAGCAAAGGAGAGGUUCUGGUAGUUCAGGAAAAGUGUGGACCUUUCAAAGAUUCAGGACUGUGGAAAAUGCCCACAGGCAGGAUUAAACAGAUUGAUACAGAAUUUAUACAAGUGGUCGGGUUCAGGGAUGGUCACAAUGCUCCUUUUGAAAAAUCUGAUCUACUUUUCGUGUGUAUGUUGAAACCAAUUUCUUUUGACAUUGUUAUAGAAGAUAGCGAAAUUUCAGCAUCAAAGUGGAUGGCAAUAGAUAAAUUUGCAGCUCAGCCCAAAAUGCAGCAAAGCAAACUUCUCAAGGACAUGGCGGGCGUGUGCGUUGCCAAUAUGGAGGGAAGAUGUAAAGGAUUUUCAGCCAUUGAAAUACCAUCGCGGAAACCCUCUGCUUUUUAUGGCAGUGCCAUUAAUACUGAAUAAUUUAUUGGGAAAAUUAGAUAUAAUGGACAUCAGUCACUCAUCUCGUUUAAUUCAUUUGUUAGCAUAUUUUGUUUCGAGGUAAUAGGAGAAAGGAAUGUUGAGGUUAACUUUAUACAGCUAAAAAGAUGAAUAAGAUCACCUCACCCCAUGUUGGUGAUGGCAUGAUAUGCCGUUUAAAUAUCACAGUUUGUUAUUGUUCUCUCCAAGAUUUAAAUUCUUGGGAUG